AAUUUGACAGUCUGUCCAUGGCGAUUCACGGUUCCGCGAAAUCUGUCAGCGGAUUUGCAAGCUGCCAGCUGUGAUUAUCCUGUAACGUGCGUGUCGUGUUUCACCGCCACAAGACAAUAGUAAUUCCUCCGGCAGUGUUUGCUGAUGAGAGCACGCGAAGAGGAGGUUCGUCUCAAUGAGCGACAAUUGCAGUAUUUUAUCAAUUGCGUCAGAUUAAAUACUCCAGGAUGCUUCCUUAGUUGACAACGAAUUACAUUGUGUCCGCGACGUCUGCUGCAGUCGAAAUAAAUAUGUCACAAUGAAGAAAUUUUCAAUUUACUGGAACGUUACGGAUUUAUAAAAGAUGUCAGAGUCCAAAGAUAAACAAGUCGAACAGUGCGACAUAGUCCUUCCAAGACAAGGUCUGUUGUAUCAGGAGGACACGCUGAAUUACAUACUCUGUAAACCAAAAUUGAUUCCGUUAAAGUCAGUUACAUUGGAGAAACUGGAGAAGAUGCAAAGAGAAGCGGAAAUCAAAGUCAAAGAAGCUCAAGAGACAGAAACUAAUUUCGAUACAAAUGCAUAAGUAUCCACUGGUAGU